AUGUCGAUAACAGCCCUCCUGUUGCUCUUCCUGAUUGAAGGAAUCCAUGGUGAUGCUGGAUGGGGUUAUAAGGAAGGCAAUGGCCCUGAAACUUGGCAGAAAACUUGUCAAGAUGGUUUCAGACAAAGUCCAAUCGAUAUUCGUGCAUCUGAAGUCGACUAUGCACUGCUGCAUCGAAUGCAUUUUGUUCAUUACGAUCAAACUGGCCCCGUUAACGUAACUAAUAAUGGACAUACAGGUAAUUAUUAA